CUUUUUUCGCGUUAGUUGGGCUUGAUGUAGAAAGCCACUAUUACAUUACAAUUGCUAUAAUUUUAUGGAAAGCCCAUUGACGUUGCUCUUUCUCUUCCAGAGUCCCUCGCCUCCGGCGGAGCCCAGUGGGGUUACACAGGUGAACAUGGGACAGCGCACUGGGGCUCCAUCUUUAGGUCCUGCAGCGGCCAGCGGCAGUCGCCCAUCAACAUCGAGACGGGCAAUGUCAAGACCGAGUACUGGCUUCCCUUCACACUCAAGAACUACGACCAGCCUCCCACGCGCAUGCGCAUCAAGAACAAUGGCCAUUCCGCCCAGGUCGAGAUGGACGCCCAGGCGGCGCCUCGCGUGCGCGACGGAGGACUCAAGGGCGAGUACAUCUUCGCUCAGUUCCACUUCCACUGGGGGCACGACUCCAGCCUCGGCUCCGAGCACACCAUCGACGGCGUCAGGUAUCCCAUGGAGCUCCAUCUGGUCCACUACAAGGGCGCCUACGGAUCCCUGGCAGAGGCUGUGAAGAAGUCCGACGGUCUGGCAGUUUUGGGCGUGAUGCUUGAGGUCUCCAACAGCGACAACCCCGCUCUCACCCCCCUCGUCACCGCCCUCAGAAACAUUACGGACUCAGGCAUGUUUGCUGAGGUGGAAGCCAGGCACCCCCUCCGUGCCUUCCUGCCGAGGAACCUGGACACCUUUUACAGGUACUCGGGCUCCCUCACCACGCCCACUUGUAACGAAGUAGUAACAUGGACUGUUUUCGCGGACGCCAUCACCAUCUCCGAGAAGCAGCUGAACGGCUUCCGGGCCCUCAUGGACGACCGCAAUCAGCCAAUCGUCAACAACUUCCGGCCUCCGCAGCCACUCAACAACCGCAAGGUAAUGGUGUCAGCCAAGUCUGAUGCUGAUUCUGCUGCCAUGAAGAAAGUUGGGCUCACUCUUUACUUCAUGACCUCCAUGGCCGUCCUGAUGAUGAAUAUGUAGAACCCUUUUCUACUACCAUUGCCAACACCCUCUUUUUCUCCUCCACUACGCCUAAUAUCAUCACAAACACCUGUACGUGGUGGGAGAUGAGUCUAGAGAUUGCCCAUCGACGGAACUGUCAACGCCUUUGCCCUGACGCUCCCCUGACCUCUGGGGACAAGAUCACAGGACUUUGCUUACAACAAGCUGCAGUGCCACAUAGAAAUCUAGCGAAGAAAGCCACAUCCAUCUAUGUACUAACACUAGAAAACCAGGGGGCAUUGUAAACAUUUGUUCAGACAGCAGUUUUUAGGGUAUUUUUUUUAUUAAUUACAUAGGAAUUUUGACAGAUUUCAGGGUACUUCUCAAUUAAGAGCGAUGGAGAUAGCUGGCAAAGACUGGUGAUUAGGCAACUCAAGUGUCUUCUGGCUGCGAGGGCCACGGCGCCCACUUAGGUGUUCAGCAUUGUAGGAUCUUUUUUGAAACACAUUAUCUAAGGACUUUCUAGGAAUUUUUGAUUACACAUUGUUUUUAAGCUGACCUUAAAACUUGAUUAUCAAUUUAGUUGUGAAGUAGUGUAUCCUAAGCAAACCAAAGACCACAGAAAUUCUGUAAUGCUGAACGUCACCUAUGUCAGUUUCGCCUGUAAGAUGUAAAGAUUUACGAGGCCAGUACUUAUUCUGACGAGGAUGCAAUCCGCCAGCUCUGAUUCAUCUUACCUUUGACAUUCAUGUGUCUGUGAAUAGUAAUGUUAUAUUGUUGCUCAGAAAGAGGAUAACGUUAAACUGUGCACUGUACAGUUAAGUGGUAUGGCUAAAUUGAAUGCACACUAAAAUUCCCCCAAGAGAUGUAAAUAGGCCAGUGUUAACCUAGUCCCGUUUGUUGAACAGGUAAUCAGUUGUAUGUUGUUCACUCAGAUGUCUUUUACACCAGCAGUAGUGUGUGAAAAAUGAGUCAUGUUGCAUUUUCAGCCUCUGCCUCUGUAUUUUACUUGUGAUUUGCUGAAGAAAUAUAAAAUUUCAAAUGCACUAUCCUGCCACCUGGCACAUAUUCUAGUACCACCCAUUACCUCUGGUGAGGGAAUGAUGAUGAUGUAUGCCCCUGUGGAGACAUGCCACUUGUCACAUUCUCCAGAGCCCAGUGGGUUGUCCUAGCGCGAAAAGAUUCUUCAUCCUGCUAGAACUUAGUAUGUGUUGUAGAUAGGCAACAUUUCGCAUCGUCCUCGCCGGCGAUGUUGUGGUUUCACCAUGUACGUAGAUAUAAGAUCAGCUCACGCAUACUUCCCUUUGUUGGUAUCAGUCAUCAUUAAAAGCAGAUGUAAUGGCAGUCUGAUCAGCUGACUAGCUUCACACUAGUGUUCUCUUUACUGUGUGCAAAAACUAUCAGCAGAACAUGAGGGUUCAUUACCUACAAGAUCCAGAAUCCUGCUUAAAAUAUCUGUACACCCUUAAACCAUGUUGCUCGUCCAGUUGGGUGGUUGUUGGAACCACAUGCCUCCCUCUUUGAUAAUCCUGUAAGCAAAGUAAACCCCACUGACACACAGUCCCUCGGAAACAUAGCAAUCUUUAUUUCCACGUCGUGUAUCCGUGUCCCUUUCUUAUUUCUGCUGGUUUGGAUUUAUUUGUUUUCCAUUUUAUUCUCAUGAGAUUCAUUGCAUUCUCUGGAUCCUUUCUCUGUUUAUGUCCAUAGAUAGUUAUCAGUUACGAAAUCAUUUGGUUAACAUUAGGUUUAACUGUAUUAAUAAGCGUCAUCCUUUCCAGUCUGUAGAUCUUUUUCCCAAAGUGUGUCCUUUUCAGUGAUGGACUUUGACUCUUAUUGACUUGCCCCAUUUUUCUCAUCUUAUUGAUUAUGACUAUUUAAUUAUUCUUUGAUUUAUUGCAUAUAUGUUUAAUAACACUAACCUUAAUUGUUUGAUCAGUUUAAUCUUAGGAUUUCUUUGUUUAUUUGAUCAUUCAAAAUUAAAUUUCAGGACUUUUGUUGGCCAGUCAAAUUAUGUACAUUUAGUACAUCUUAUCAAUAUUGUUACAUAUAUUGUAAUUUCUACGGUAAUUAUAUAUAUUUUUUGUUCUCUAACAGUGAACAUUAGUAAUAAAAUCUGGCAUUUCAUAA